UUAAAUAUGUCUCGCAUUUGUUUUUGGCGUUUCCAUCGAUGCCGAUAGCUUUUAAUAAUUUUUCGCUAGUAGAAAAUCAUACAAAAAUACGAAAAUUAUCAUAAAUAUUUUAUCGAGUGGAUGAUGGAAGAAUAUCAAUAAAAUUUUAAAGAAUAUUUUAUCAAUUUUGAAGUGAAAAGUGUAUUUGAAAAAUUAUUUUGACGCAUUCGAGUGUGUUGCGUGCUCUUUUUAUUUGAGUUAUAAUAGAGGUUUUGUUGCAACGACUGUGACUGUAGUUUUUCUUAUUUUUUUCGGGAUAUCGCAAGUCCACCGACAAGUUGGAAGUUUGUUUUAUGCUAGGAAAACAUUUAGGGAUUUAAUUAAUAUUCUUAAUUGCAUAGCAAUUUGAUUGAAAACUUGUGAAAAGUACAAAUCACAUAAAAUAAGUUAAUGCUUGAAACAAAUAAAUUAAUCAUCAAUAAAGAAAAAUGGAAGAAGUAUCACAAUCUGGGACAAAUUUAAGUGAUUCCUUCGAAGAGGAAAAACACACAUUAGAUGAAGAUGAAGAAGCAUCUAUUGACAAAAUUGUAAAGAAUACUAUAGAAGAUCUUAAGGAUGUAGAAGAUGAAUCAAAGGAUGAGUCCAAUGAAAAAGAAGAAGAGCCGAAAGAAGCUCAUACAGCUUCGGAGCCUAAAGAACACAGUGACGAGGAAAAACAAAAUAAUGAAGAAAGAGAACAUCCUGUUGAUGAUGGUGAUGAUGAAGUAAGUCAGGAGGAGCAAAAAGUUGAUGAAGUAAGUCAGGAGGAGCGAAAAGUUGAUGAAGUAAGUCAGGAGGAGCCAAAAGAUAAUGAAUUAGGUCAGGAGGAGCCAAAAGAUGAUGAAGUAAGUCAGGAAGAGCAAAAAGAGGAAGAAGGGGAACAAGAAAAAUCACCAGUUAACGAAGUAGUUGAACAAGAAUCUACAACACCUGACGAAACUAAAAGUGUUGAUCCACAAGAUGAUGGGGUUGAAAGAGAGCAACCUUCUGAGGUCACAGAAAAAUCGGUGGCAGAAGUCGAAGAAAACGAAUUGGAAGAAUCAAAAGCCGACGAGGAUAACAAGUCUGGUGAAGGAGGUGAUCACGAUGAAACUAUUUUUGAAGAAGUAGAUGCAAACGUAUCAUCAGAAAAGGCAACACAUGCUGAGGAAUCCGAUAUGUUAGGAGAAUCUGAUAUGACAUUUCCCAAAAAAGAUACCAGCAAAGAUGCGUUAGAGGAACCAAUGGAAGUAGAUAGUUUGAGUAAUGAUGAUGUUGAGAUGACAUCAGUUGAGAAUGAACAAACACCAGCUGAAAAGGAAAAAGAAAGAGUGCCCGUUGCUGCCGACGAUGACGACGAUGAUGAAGAGCAUGAACCUGAAAAGGAAUCACCAACUGAAUCAAAUGAAUCUCCUGCCAAAGAAGCAGAAGAUGAUAAAAUGGAAGAAGACGCUGAAGAAAAUAUAGAAACAACUAGCACUACGACGCCUGAAGGAAAGGAUGUUGUUGAUGAUGGAGGAGAUCAUAAAGAUGGUAAAGAAACCGACGAACCCACAGAUAUUGCUGAUCUGACAAAUGAUGAAGAAUCACCACAGCAAACUACCGACAAGAGUGUUGAUAAGGAAGUGCAUGAAGAGGAAGAAGAAGAGGAGGAAGAUGAAGAAUCAAAUAAAGAAGCUACCGAAAAAGAUGCCGAGGACGACGAUGGUGGUGUAGAUAAUGAUACAGAAAUGGCAGAAGACGAACCUGAGUCAAAUGUUACGUCGGCAGAUGCUAGUACUUCAGCAGCGAGAGAGGAUGAUGUUGAUCCAGAUGCAUCUCAACAUGUGGAAAAUGUUCAAGAACCCGAAGAAUCUGACGUUUGUCUAAUUCCCGACACUGAAACCGAAGUAACUGAUGCCGAAAAAGAGCAAGCAAUUCAAGCUCGUGAAACAGCCGAUAAGGAAAAUGAAGCCGCUGAAGCAGCAGCUGAGGCCGAAGCCGAGGCCACUUCUGCUGCAGAAAAAGAACAACCUGAAUCGACACAAGAAGAAACUCCCCAAGAACAGGAACAAGAACCAUUGCUGGAGGAGAUGCAGCCUCCGGGCCAUGUCGAAGGAGGGACCGUACAAAAAAUCAUCAUUUUUCUGGCGGUUUCAGUGGAAAAAUCCUGUGCACACUGUAAAGAGGAUAAAAUUUGCGGCUAUCGCUACAAGGAUGCCGAGAGUGGUGCAACACAAUAUCUAUGCAAAACAGGUUGCAUUGAUACCCUUUUGACGACUCAUCCAGGAAGAUAUUUUAUCCGUCGUAAGAAAUUCCUCGUAGAAGAAGCCCCAGAAACGGAAAACACCGACGAACACGAAUGCCUUGUGUGCAAGAAGAGCUUAGUAAAGAACAAGUAUUUCUUCAAACAAGAAGAUGAAACAUUUUACAUAUGCACAGAAGAUUGCUACAAGACACUCAGUUCUGAAGAACCGGAAAAGUUCAAUCUGAAACGGGACUCAAUUCGAGUGCGGAAUAUUGGACAUACGACCAUUUCGGCAAAAGGAUCCAGCUCCUCUGAUUCGCGUAUAGUGGCACGGUCUGCUCAGGAGGCAGAGGCAGCUAAGGUCGAACGAACAAAAAGUUUCCUGCGCGUUUGCACUGACUGCAAAUCUGAGAUACAAGUGCGUCCCAAUGGCAAGAACCUGAUGUGGCAAACAAUGGACUUUUGCGAUGAGACAUGUUUGGGAAAGUACCAACGUCGAAUUGGUUCGAACUGCCAGACGUGCAACGGAGAAGUACCCCACCAGAGUUUGGGUAAAUACUGUGUGCGUUUCGGCUUCGAGGUGCGUCAGUUUUGUUGUGCGGCGUGCUUGAACAAUUUCAAAAAAGGUCUGAAGACUUGUUCGUGUUGUCAAAAAGACAUAUCUGGUAGUGGUGAAGGUUUCCUGGCUCCCGUCGGUGACAAGGAACAAUUCAAGGACUUUUGUAGUCAGGCCUGCAUGCGGCGCUACGAUUCGAUGGUGAAUGCCAAGAAAAAACAACGCACCGAUCGUUGCGGAGUAUGCAACUUCGAGAAGCUGAUGCGUGUCGAAAUAACGAUUGAUGGAAAUGAACACAACUUCUGUUCGAAUCCUUGCUUUUCGGCUUUCAAGUUUGUGAGCAAUAUUGUGCCUGAUCAAUGCGGCAUGUGUAGCAAGUAUUUCGAGCGCAAGUCAAGCGAUUGUUAUACCAUCUAUGGAGAGAAACAGCGGCCAAAGGUUUUCUGUUCGCGUAUCUGCUUCAAUGUAUACAUCAUCGUGAACCGCCAGAUAACCUCAUGCCAGUGGUGCAAGGUGAAGAAGUAUGACUUCGACAUGAUAGUGAAGUUGGUUGAUCCUCAGAAUCCGCUUAUGAUGUGUUCCCUCAACUGUUUGACACUGUACGGGGUGUCAUUGAACGCCUUUAGUCGAGCGGCGGUGAAAUGUGACAACUGCAAUAGUUGCACAACGCCACAAUAUCACUUAACCAUGUCGGACGGCUCGAUGAGGAACUUCUGUACUUACCAGUGUGUGAUGCAGUUCCAGAGUCAAUUUGCCCGCGUUCCGCUGACUCUUGAUUCGGAGGCAGUGGCCUGCGCAACUCAACAUGUUUCAGCAAAACCUAAAGCAACACCGACCGCGCCGUUCCCGACUGGCCUGCCAAAAAGAGUGAAACUAAAUGCAGCUCAAGCGAAGACUACAACAACUUCAUCAUCGCCACCCAAGGCGCAACAAACUGUAAUGCCGGUCAUAUCAAACGUCGCCUCAUUGGCUUCAGGGCAAAGUGUGGCCCAUUCUACAUCGACAUUGAGACGGGGUUCGUCACGCGGUCGCGGACGUGGCAGAAAAGUUGUCAAUGAACGGCCGCCGCCCACACCCAGCCCUCCGCCGUCCCCGGCACCGGCGCCAGUAACAAGAACUCGCACGACAGCAUCUCCAGCACCAGCGCCAGCACCAACGCAAGCUUUAACAACAAGCUCAAAUAAAAGCACGCGAGGUGGAAGAAAUUCUUCUCGAUCAACUGGUACGCACACUCCUACCGACGUACAACGUCCCCUAUCUCCCAUAAUUCAGAAAGAAGUGGAAACUAAAAUCGUCACUGUACCACCAUAUCCUCCACUUGUGCGUAACGUCCAGACCAGUUGUCAGCCGAAAACCGAGGACGCAUCAAUUGACUGCCGACCCGAAACGGCAGAGAUCGGAAUUCAAACCGACGAGGAUUACAGUACGAGGGUUCUCAUUCCUGUUCCAGUACCGAUAUUUGUUCCACAACCAAUGUACAUGUAUUCGGCGCCAUUUCCAAUGCCUAUUCCAAUUCCUUUGCCGAUCCCGGUGCCCAUCUUCAUCCCAACUACACGAAACUCGUCCAAUGGUAUUUUGAAAGAGAUCAAAAAGAUUCAAGACAAAAUGCCCGCCGAUCCGUUCGAGGCUGAGCUGCUGAUGAUGGCCGAGAUGGUAGCCGACGAAAAGAACGAAUCAGAUUCGGACUCUGAGGAGGAGAUGAAGCCCGAGCCACGAAUGAUUGAAGUUCAAUACCAGAACACCACACCAACGGUUGCACAGACAAAUAACGUUGUAGUAAACAUGGAAGCACAAAAUAAUUCGUCCUUUGGCGAGGACGUCCUACAAAUGGCACUUAAAAUGGCCAGCGGGGAAUACGAAGAGCCCGGUGUUGAUCUGGAAUCAGCAAUGACGGCAAACACAAUAACCAACCCACCGCCGGGAAUGAUUCAUCCAUCACACGUGCAAGAAGAUUCUGGAAUGCAAAUGGGCCAUCAUAUGAUGAUGGAACAAACACAAAGAGGUGGACGGGGUCGUAAACGUGGUGCAAUAGCUUCUCCCAUCACUCCACGCAACAAUCGAUCACCAAUCAAACGACAGCGUCUAUCUGUAGACAGCACACCCCCACAACAACCGGUGAUGCCGGUCGAGAAGCCAGACGCAAAUAUGUGUCUCAAAUUCACUUUCGGUGUGAACGCCUGGAAGCAAUGGGUGAUGACGAAAAACGCUGACAUUGAAAAGAGUUCAAUAAGGCGUCGUCUCUUCAAAACCGAACUACUCCAAAUGACAGCCGAUGAAUUAAAUUAUUCCUUGUGUCUAUUCGUCAAAGAAGUCCGAAAGCCAAAUGGCACGGAAUAUGCUCCCGACACAAUAUAUUAUUUAGUUUUAGGUAUCCAGCAAUAUCUUUAUGAAAAUGGUAGAAUAGAUAAUAUAUUCACUGAUCCUUAUUAUGAACGUUUCACUGAUUGUCUAGACGAAGUGGCACGUAAAUUCUCGGUGCUAUACAAUGAUUCACAAUAUAUUGUAACCCGUGUAGAAGAAGAACAUCUAUGGGAAUGCAAACAAUUGGGAGCUCACUCACCCCAUGUCUUGCUGAGUACUUUGAUGUUUUUCAAUACGAAACAUUUCAAUCUGACGAACGUCGAAGAACACAUGCAACUGUCAUUCUCACAUAUAAUGAAACAUUGGAAGCGUUCAGCACAAAAUACCAAAUCACCCGGUACAAGAAAUGUGCUGCUGCGAUUCUAUCCACCACAAGCUGGGCUUGAUGCAAAUCCUCGAAAAAAGAAAGUCUACGAACAGCAAGAAAAUGAAGAGAAUCCUCUUAGGUGUCCUGUUAGGUUAUAUGAAUUCUACUUGUCGAAAUGUCCUGAAAGCGUGAAGACUCGAAAUGAUGUGUUUUAUCUUCAACCUGAACGAUCUUGUGUACCAGAUUCACCAGUUUGGUAUUCAACGCAAGCACUAAGCGAGGAUAACCUACAGAAAAUGCUUCACCGAGUAAAGAUGGUCAAGGAAAUAAACAUUGCGUUAUUGACAAGUUAAUUUCCACGCUGAGAAAUGAACGGAUAGAUUAUGAAGAAAAAUAUUAUAAAUGUAGAAGACAAGGGUCAAACAAAAGGCCAUGCGAACUGUGAGCUAGACUGUAAAUCAUGCAUUAAUAAAUUCUUCCUCACUCUGCGGGUGUUUAAAAUAACAAAAUAAAAACAAGUAAAAAUAAAAUAUUAUUUAUACCACAAUUUAUUUUCGUCUCAUAAAUAUGUGAAUAGAAUUUUAACAAAUGAAGACAAAAAUUAUGAAAAAGAAUAAAAAACAACUUCAAAUAAAUUUCUUUAAAUGUUGUUGAUAUUUUUACAAAACUUAACUUUUUUUUUCUUAAAAAUAAGGUGCGUGGCACAAAUAAAUAUUUUUAUUUUCUUCUUGUUCUUUUUUUUUAAAUAUUUAACAAUGAAGUUUUUUU